AUGCCUGGCCGACCAACGACGACUUCUGCUACUGCAGAUAUGGAGGGAAUCGCAGUAAUUGGAAUGGGGUGUCGCUUCUCUGGAGGUGCGAACUCUGUUGAAAACUUUUGGCAGAUGCUAUGCGACGGACGCACUGGGCAUGGGACGGUUCCCGCAAGCCGAUAUGAAGCUUCGGGAUGGCAUCACCCCAGCCAUGAACGCAAAGGAGCGAUCAAUCAUGAUAGUGGUUUUUUCUUACAGGAAGAUCCCUCACGAUUUGAUGCUCCUUUUUUCUCUAUCACAGCUAAAGAAGCGGAGGGCAUGGACCCAGCACAGCGUUUGCUGCUCGAAGUCGCUUAUGAGACUUUCGAAAACAGCGGAAUACCAAUAGAUACACUGCCAGGGAGCAACACAGCAGUGUAUUCCGGCUCAAUGACCAAUGAUUAUGAGCUUCUAUCAACAAGAGACAUUUACGAUAUGCCUCACAACUCAGCUACCGGUAAUGGAAGGACUAUGCUGGCAAACCGCUUGUCGUGGUUCUUCGAUCUCCAAGGCCCGAGUAUUAUGAUGGACACUGCGUGCUCCUCUAGUUUGACCGCGGUCCAUUUAGCAGCUCAAUCCUUGCGAUCUGGAGAAUGUGGAAUGGCCCUGGUAACUGGAGCCAGUCUUAUUUUGCACCCUAAUUUUACACAGAGACUUUCCUACAUGCACAUGAUGAGUCCGGAUGGGAUAAGUCAUUCAUUUGAUGAGUCUGCGAAUGGAUAUGGCCGAGGAGAGGGUAUUGGUGCCGUGCUUUUGAAACCCCUCAGCGCAGCAUUAGCUGAUGGGGAUAAUAUUCGAGCCGUCAUUCGCGGCACAGGAAUCAAUCAAGAUGGUCGUACACCGGGAAUUACACUACCCAGCCCAACGUCCCAAGCCAACUUGAUUCGCUCGGUUUAUGAACGCCAUGGUAUCUCCAUGAGAGAUACUGCCUACUUUGAAGCCCAUGGAACUGGAACUCCAGCAGGGGAUCCUUUGGAGCUGUCUGCCGUCGGAAUGACUUUGGGGCAGGCACGAACAGCGAUUGAUGAGCCAUUAUAUGUAGGCUCAGUGAAGACAAACCUUGGUCACACUGAAGGAGCCGCAGGAGUUGCCAGCUUAAUUAAAGUCGUGUUGUGUUUGGAAAAGGGUAUGUUAGUGCCGAACGCCGGCUUCAAAAAUAUAAAUCCCAAGAUCCGGCUCGAUGAUUGGCGUUUACGCAUGAGUGACAAAACAAUGCCCUGGCCGGAGCAUCUUCCACGGCGAGCUAGUAUCAACUCAUUUGGAUUUGGUGGAUCAAACGCGCACCUAAUUGUCGAAGGCAUCAAAGAAUCAUUCCAGAGAAAUGGCGGGGAAAGCGAGCCAACACCUCGUGUGGUGGUAUUCUCUACGUUUGACCAAGCCGGCAUUGAACGGACUGGUCAAAAUUGGAGCACAUUCCUUCAGCAACAGCAAGAGGCCAAGCAAAAUAUCCCAUUAAAAGAUCUGGCUCAUACAAUGCUGACACGCCGAUCACAUUUGGGAUUCCGCAGCUUCGCUGUUGCUGACUCACAAGACCAGUUGCAGGGAAUCUUGGAGAAAGGACUUCCCAAGUUUUCUCGGGCUAGUCGCAAAGCUCAAACAAAACUUGCCUUUGUGUUCACAGGUCAGGGUGGCCAGUGGGCUGGAAUGGGCCGGGAACUUCUGAAGAUCUCGACUUUCAGGGAAAGCAUCUCCAGAUCACAAGAUAUUCUUUCGUCCCUCGGAUGUCCUUUUAAUGUGGUCGACGAGAUAAGUGCAGAGGCAAAGAAAAGUCAGAUCAACCGACCCGAUCGCAGCCAGCCUGUUACAUGUGCCUUGCAGAUUGCACUGGUUGAUCUUUUAGCCAGUUGGGCUGUUCAUCCUACCGCAGUUGUUGGCCACUCUAGCGGUGAAAUCGCCGCCGGGUAUGCUGCCGGUUAUCUUUCUCAUGAAGAUGCUAUGCGAGUCGCAUGGUUCCGCGGUUUCUUUUCACAACAGAUCGCCCAGAGCGACAAACGAGGGGGUAUGCUUGCUACUGGUAUAUCCGCCGCAGAGACACAGAAAUACCUUGACGAGCUGCCCCAGCGUUCAGUCGUGGUUGCCUGUGUAAAUAGUCCGGCCAGUACAACUCUUUCAGGAGAUGUGGACUUCAUUGAUCAGCUAGAAGCAAGGCUUCAACAAGAUGGUCACUUCGCGAGAAAGCUGCGCAUCGAUACGGCAUAUCACUCACCUCACAUGGAAGAACUUGUUGGAGUGGUAGGCGAUGCUAUCAAUUGUAUCAAGCCAGAAGAUCGAUACAAUGGCUCAAUCCCAAUGCUUUCAUCCGUCACCAAAGAGCGUGUCUAUCCCGCCGAGCUUGGUGGAUCAUACUGGGUGCGCAACAUGGUCAGUUCCGUAGAGUUUACUGCUGCAGUGUCACAGCUCGCAAACCUGAGCGAGUCUGUCAAGUCUCGCCGACGACCGGUUCCAAUCAAAUGGACUGCAUUGGUUGAAAUCGGCCCACAUGCCGUUUUGAAAGGACCCGUUACACAGAUUCUGCAAUCUGUCAACGCCAAUAUGGCAGCUUUACCUUACUAUUCACUGGUUUCGCGGAACAAGCAUGCAUUGCAAACAGCGUUGGAAGUUGCUGGGUCUCUUUGGAGCACAGGACAUACAGUAGAUCUUGCUGCGGUCAACAGUUGUGUCGAUACCACAAACCCAACAAUAGUUGCUGAUCUGCCGUCAUAUCCCUGGAAUCACCAAACGUCCUUCUGGCAUGAGCCUUUAGAGACAGCGCAAUUGAGACAGCGCAAGCAUCCCCGUCAUGAUAUUUUGGGAGCUGCGCUGGAUUAUCAAAAUGCUUUGGAGCCACGGUGGAGAAACUUCUUGCGACUCUCAGAGAAUCCAUGGAUGGCCGACCAUGUUGUUGCCGGAUCGAUUGUAUUCCCAGCCGCAGGUAUGCUGGUGAUGGCUACCGAGGCAGCGCGGCAACUAGCUGAUGACCAGGCCAACAUCAAAGGGAUAGAAUUCCAGGACCUUCAUUUCAUGCGAGGAGUGGUUAUUCCAGAUGAUGAACGAGGCUUGGAGACUCUCCUUCAAGUAUCGCCCCAUCCAGGGUUGCCCGGCUGGUCCCAAUUCGGAAUUUUCUCACUUCCGUCCGGGGGAGGCUGGAUUCAACACGCAAAGGGUGCAUUCAUCACACGAUAUGAAGACCAGGACAACUAUGAACACAAGUCAAACUGGGAAGCAGCAUUGGAGCGCAUCAAGAAUACCCAAACAGUCGCAGAACUGGCUGAUGUCACGAAAGCGCGUGAAUGGCUGUCUCAAACAGGAGGACUCACCGUAGGCCCGGCAUUUCAGACUAUCACUGGAGUCAACUUCUGCAACUCAGAGCCUUGUAUCUGGCUAUCUGGGGUGGUUACAGACACAAAACAAUCAAUGCCGUUCGAAACGGAGUCACCUAGUUUCAUCCAUCCCACCACCCUUGAUUGCCUCUUCCAAUCUGCCCUUUUGUCUUGCUCAGAUGCACUCUCCAGCACCGACGCAAAUAUUCCUGUCGGGGUGGACAAUAUUUACAUUUCCAAUAAAUUCCAACCUCAGUCAGGCGAGGAAUUUGUCGUCCACACAGAGACGAAGUGGCGAGAUGGAAAAUCACGAUCUCAGUGUAUCGCAUCGGACCCCUCCUGGUCACAGCCCUGGAUCACGUUUGAAGGUGUUCACCUUGGUCGCCUUCCCUUCAACCCCAACUCUCAAAAGCAGGAGGAAGGCGCAUCAGAGAGCCGAUAUUCAUCGAUUGUCUGGGAUGAGCACUUGGAGUCGCCGCUUGUCACGAACGGAAACCAUAAUGGAAACAAGAUGGCCGAGCAAUCCGAAAGUCUCCAGCUACUUGACUGGAUCAAGAGACUAUGUCAUACAAACGGGGAUGCCAGAGCGCUCAUCACUACUUCGGUAACGUCAAACUCUUGGAUCGAAAACCUCCGAGAGUUUAUGCCAAGUCCCGGAAAGCGAACGUGCCUGGCAAAGGUCACUAUCGCUUCAUGUGGCCUCGAUGACGAGACGGAGGCCAUCAGUCCCGCAGAGACUAGCCCCCCGGGAAUCUACCUUACGUCUCUCGCUGCGCUCGAUGAACUCCCAUCCGCAUCUCUCACUCAGGACAAAUAUGAUUUAGUCGUGAUCGAUGAGCCCAGCUUGUGGGAUGAUUCAAAUACUCAGGUGAUCCUGUCUUGCCUGCUCACUAUCCUUGAACACGGAGGUUUGGCAGCAUUGCGGGCGUCCGAUGCCAAUCUAGACUCAGCAUCGGAGAUAAUUCAGAGCUUUGAGAGCCUCGAACUUUACAGUACGACUCAAGACCGCGAGUUCAUUAUCGCACGCAGGACACCAGUCCCAUGGAAAACAGCCUCUGAAAUAUACGUUUUGAGUCCAGCAGAUAACUCCAUCGCUUCCCCUAUGUUUGAUCACCUGGAGAAAGCAUUUGCCACACAAAACGUGUGCCUGGUGCCUAUUGGAUUGGACCAGGUAUCUGCACUAGCAGGAAAGACUGUUAUUUCGCUGCUUGACUUGGCAAAUCCCUGGGUAUUCGGUUGGACUGAAAACGAUCUGAAACAUCUCCGAGAGCUAAUCCAAGCUCAAUACGUUCUUUGGGUGUCACCUUUCUGGACCCAAGGCGCUGCUGAUAAUAUUGGAUCCGGUGCAACUGGCGGCCUUUUGCGAACACUUCGCAAUGAACAGUGGAACACGACUAUCCCACACUUAUUGGUGGAUGUAAAGGAUUCAGCAGACAGCCUUAGGCUAGCUUGUAGCAUUCUUCAAGUCAUGCAGCUCACCACACGUGAGGACUCACGUCGUCCAGACUUGGAGUAUCGUCUGUCAAACGGUCGGCUAUUGGUUCCACGGGUUCUCGAGACCCCAGCGGUUGUCGAGGCCAUGCAUACUCUGGUGAAUGGCCCCAGACCCGUAAUUUCAGAUCUCACACUUGACUCGAGACCCCUGGAGUUAAAGUUCCAGGAUGCAGACAAUGCACGCUGGGAGGAACAAAAGCUCAACGAAGAACAACUUCGGUCAGACUACACGGAGAUCAAGGUUGAAAUGGCCACAAUCUUUGAUUUACACGGGGAUCGGGGGAAAACACCAGAGACAGCUCUUCCAAUGUUCGAAAUUGUUGGAAAGGUUACUCGUAUUGGAUCUGGUGUGCACGACUCGGCUGUUGGCGACAAAGUCUUGACGUUAGCAUCGGCGGACUCGGGACUCUCGACAACAAUGCGGGUCUUGGAAAGCGACAUCAUCAGAAUUCCUUCGAACACCGACCCGAGAAAGGCGAUAUCAAUUCCUCUCGCAUACCUCAACGCUUAUCAGAUUCUCACCCAAGUUGGUCGCCUCAGCUCAAGCUCCUCGAUUCUUUUGAUUGGGUCAAUCAAUCAAACUUUCCAGGCCAUGAUAGAUUAUGCCCUUGCCAUGAACAUGCAAGUCAUCGUAGCAACUGAUUCUCUAGAUAGCACCGAGGCUCUUCUUGCUCGGUAUCCGUUGUUGACGAACCGGAUUCUGGGCGUCCAUGGUAGCCUGGAGACGAGUGUGUCUAGGUUGACGAAUGGGUGUGGAGUUGACGCCAGCAUUUCCUUCCUUGGCGGGUAUUCUGCUCGAAAUGCUGCGAGAUGUCUGGUCCCUGGUGGACAAUACAUCAAUCUGUCUGCAGAUAUGAAGCUGAGUGCGCUUCCAGAAAGCUUCAUCGACAGUGGCUGCACAUUCUCUUCGCCGCGAUUGCAGAACAUUUUCUCAGAGAAGCCUGGCAUCCUUCAUGCUUCCGUUCGGCAUGUGAUUAACUUCAUGAAGCAGCAUCGGAUGUUGGACCGCGUGGAACCCUAUUCCACAUUCCCUAUCUCUGACCUCCAAGAGGCUUUGAAACACUGCAGAGUGACAAACACCAGAGCUAUCAUCGACCUUCAGGCUCCUGGAAUGGUCCCCAUUGUACAGCCACUACCGGACCUUGCUAGCUUGCCAGCGGAAGACACAUAUAUAUUAGCAGGUGGUUUGGGCAAUUUAGGCCUUGCGCUUGCUGAUACAUUAGUCCAGUCUGGAGCCCGCCAUCUGGUCUUCCUUGGACGAUCUGGUGGGACCCAGCCCACUCAACAGCUGGCGCUUGAUCUUCUCCGCGAUCGUGGGUGCCGCAUAGAUGUACUACGCUGUGAUAUCUCACAACAGGCAGAUAUUGAAAACCUGUCAGACGAGAUUUGCAGUAACAACUGGACAGUCGCAGGCGUGAUUCAGUGUACAACCGUUCUUAAGGAUGCAAUGUUUGAGAAGAUGACUUUUGAUGAUUGGACACAAUCAACGCAGUCCAAGAUCCGGGGAACGCUGAACUUACACCAUCUGUUUUCGGAGAAGGAAAGCCUGGCUUUCUUCGUCGCAUUGUCUUCUGUCGCAAGUGUCAUUGGUAAUAUGGGACAGGCUAACUAUUCUGCCGGCAACGGUUACAUUGAUGCUCUCAUGGAAUGGCGACAUAGUCACGGUCUUCCAGGUCAUUCGAUCAACAUCGGUCUUGUUCCAGAUGCCAGUGGACUCAGUGACAUUUCCGAAGAUCCAGAGCAACGCCGCCGCCGAUACAAACAUCUUGAAGGCACAGAAAUCAUGACCCAUGAGCUCCAGACCUUGCUUAGAGUGAUUAUUAACAGCAAGCUAUCUCUUCCAUCUCAGAUCAUUGCUGGCAUGACCGACUCUCUGUCUCGCAACAAUGGCUCUACGCCCUGGGUCCUCGAUCGAAAGUUUGAUCACCGGCUUUGUCUCGCUGUUGAGGAUGCUCAGGAUUCCAUUCAGACCAGUACCUUACUUAAGGAAGCUGAUUCCCUCGACACUGCAACUGAAGUUGUUCUCAACACUCUGAGUGAAUAUCUAGCAGAUGCAAUGGCUACAACCGCUGAUGCUAUCGACUCAGAUUUACCAUUGUCUGCGUUGGGUGUUGAUUCCCUCAAAGCUACCGCCGUUCAAAACUGGGUCUCUCGCGAAUUGGGGUCAGAAUUAUCCUCUUUCGAAUUUCUUGGCUCGCAACCAACCAAGGCAUUAGCGAGGAAAAUUGCUUCCACUAGUACAUUUGUCUCAGUGCCGAGCUGA